CAGUAGUGAAGAUUGUGAAAUGGAAGGAACCAAAAUCCCGAAACAUGCAAGUUCCGCCUGCGCUUGCUGUGUCGAUGAUGCGAGGCUAGGCUCUUGACUUUCUCGGCUGCAACCACAUACAAACAACAAUCUCUCCACACCUCACAGAUCCUCCCACACAACACACGACCUUCGCUGCAAUCCUGUCGCCGUGCACCGACAUCCGCCUAUACCUGCAGGAACCUGCUGCAGCACCAUUCACGCUGCACGAAAGACGCUGUGCCUCGGCCUCCCUGCCGCCCUAAACCUCCGACACCUCGAAACCCUUUCCCCUUUCGAAUCGAAUUCAGGCCACUCGCUCCAGAGACCACCCACUUCGCAUUCGUACCUCCUGCAACGACCGAUCAAAGUUUAUUCCUCAUCACCCACGCGCGGACCUGGUCGUAGCAAUUGUGAUCCUGCUGCAGCUGUCGCGAUUGUAGCCCGAAUCUGGCCGUGAGGAAAGGCCGCACCUGCAGUAGUCCUGCGUCUGCGUCGCGCUUACUACUGCUACCGUGACAACUAUCUCACCUCUAACUUUUGCCCGGGUAUUGACGGCACGAACUAAGUGUGAUUGCGUUCGUCCGUUUCGGCGCGCGAGAGUUCGGCGUUACUGGCGCAAGAAGGAAGAAGAAAGGUGGAGGAAGAAGGAUCGCAGGGACUCGGACCACACAUCAUGGGCGUGAUGGGAGACUUCACAGCUGCACAAGUGCUCAAGCGCGAGGACAGCAUCAACGACAAGCGCGAUGAUGACGAUGUUUACCCCUACGACUAUUCUGAAAGCUGGUGGUGGUCGGAUACGGGCUAUGCCGUUAGGUAUGCAUUGAUAUGUGUCAUCCUCGCAAUCAUCCUGCUGUACUUCGUCGGAGGAUACUGCCACGCCCGAAGCCGUCUGAAGAAGGGGCAACCUCCUCUCGCCUACCACAGAUGGAUGGUGCAGCGUUCGGCGCGCUACGAGCAGCCUCAGCACCAGCAGUCCUAUCCGUACCGCCCUGAUCCAUAUGCACAAGGCUACGCCAUGCACGGAUAUGCUCCGCCGCCGAAUCCUCCCCCUGCUUACCACGGCGAUGCGCCCCCUGCGUAUUAUCCUCCAGAAGGGGCGAGCAAGGCUAUGGCAGAUCAGAAUUACCAAGUCCCGCCGCGUCCGGAGAACCAGGGCGAGUCGAGCACCGCUCCUCAGGCACCGCGCCCAUAGAAGAUCAGUGCUUCAACAGUGUUGCGUUUGAGCGAAUGCAUGGCGUCAAGGUUGUGUCAUAUCAAGCUUCCAGUACAGCAUGUGGGUAUUCUACGAUGGUUCGGUAGUUGGCGAGCGCGUGGGCAUGGGAGCAUUACAGACACUUGUGGCAUUACAGACACUUGUGCAUCAUCUAGAAGGUCCUGGCGCGUUUCAUCAAGCUGGAAGGGGCAGGUAGCGAUGGCAAGACGGCACGAACAAGGCGAAGCGAGCAGUCCGCAUCUUGUCUAGACAGCAUCAGCCAUGUCCUCUUAUGAACCUUAACUGAACGUCACUUCGAUUUGCUCUCUUGUAUCGUGUUGCCAUAGCCAUGCAGCUCCACUCUAACCCUGGUUUCAUCUCUCUCGAUCUAAGCGAAGCUCGUGCUCAAAUGCCGAGAAGUCUAUAGCCUGUCCGUGGAGACGCCGGGCCCGAGCGUCCAGAUGCCCAAUUGCGCGCUUUUGAUCACAGUGCCCAAAGAGGAUGCUGGUCCGACGAAUGUCUCUCAUGUGCGUGCUUCUGUGCCUCGGCCUGUAUGCCCUUGGCCGGUGAAGCCUCGUGGCUCGUUCGAUGGGUCCGAUAUCCUGGUUGCUCGCUGUAUUGAUAAUCAUUGUUAAUUGUGCGGAUUGUGCACCGUUCAGCAAGCAUGUGCCCCUGAUGCAUCCAUGUCUAUGUGCGUGGCAGUGCGAGUUCAAUUCAUGGAGUUCGUUCGGCACGGGAAUGGCAAACGUCCUGCACCCGUAGUAGGUAGGCAUCUGCGCGUUCGGAUAUUUCGUCGCCUGGGCGUGUAUUAUCCGAGCAUUGAUGAAUCGCUUGUUUCGACGCUACCGGCUCCACUCGCACGAGGUUGCAACCCUAGGCUAAAGGCUGGCUCUUCUACUGGCAUGAGGAUAACAUGUGGUUCACCAUGUUGAUCAAGUUGCGAUUUUCCAUGGCGGCCGCCACCCGUUCCUUGUCGCCGAGUUGCUUGUUCGCUUCGUCUGCCGAUGAAGAGGUUCCCUCCUUAAUGCGCACGUCCACUCGGAAACGUGGAGGCAGGGCAUUCAUCAAUCGAACCUUGACGCCGAGUCCAAUGACGGUGGUCAGCGAACAGGCCGAGGUGGUAGGCGUGAUGAGCACCUGCACAGAACUAAUGCGGGACCGUGGAGAAGUCGGCGGGAUAAUCUUGAUGUCUUCCAGGUUCACGACUCCCAGCGAACCCAGCGAGAGUGGAUGCUCGGGGUCGGUGAUGGUGGAGAUUAGGUCGUAAACUUCUUGCUCGUCUAUUUCCUCGCGCUCGUCGUCGUCUGACGAGGCAGGAUCUGAGACAUCAGACAAGACCUCAGCGUCGCGCGCGGCCGCGGCGUCGAGAAAGCUUGGGUACUGCGGCACCAAUGCAUCGAAGAUUCCUUGCGGCUUCGCUGCAGAGGGCGUAGAGCGGCGGCGGGACGGCAGGUCGUUUGGGUUGAUGAUGGUGGGAUUCGCGUUGUCCUUGCCGGCGUCCAUGGUGGUGGCGGUGGAAUGUUACGGGAGAGGUCCUGACGCGCAGUACGUUGCGUAGUUGGGCGUGAGGAAGAUGGCACAGCACGUUCCGCGAGGCGGAGGCGAACGAGUCGAGGGACGUCGUGGGCGGGUGCCAAGGCCAGGCGUUACAACAGGCACGUCAACCGGUGGGUUGCAGCUUUGCAAAUGGGCGUGCGGCGUGCGAGUGGAUGCCGCCGCCGGCACACUCC